GGUAAUCGGGUAAUUUUCCCCUUCCGCAAUCCUUCUUAACUGACAUAUUGCACGCUGACCACGGCUAUAAAAGGGGAACGCAAUCCUAGGUUUCCCCAGAAAAGCUAACAGGGAACCUAAGUGUACGAAACUUACAUAGUUUUACGAGAGUCGAUACAUCUAAUUUUCAGAUGGCUGCUGGUUUCAGUUAUUUUGACAGACGUGUACCAUCGAUCGCUAUUCAUAGUCUAUUCGACAAGUACGACACCAAAAGAGAUGGGAAGCUCGACGAGAAAGAAAUGAAAUUUUUCCUAGAGGAAACGAUGGGAAUGGACCUGGAGCAGUCGCAAAUUUACUUUUUCCUCCUCGACAAAGAUGGAGACCUGAAUGUGUCAUAUGAAGAGUUCAAAGACUGGCUACGAAGCGGGGAGAGAUUCCAGCGACUGGACAACCAUCCCAAGUUUGAACGUGUUUGCACGGCCUUUGAGCAUUUCAAAACGUUUGACACUGAUAACAGCGGUACUUUGGACAGGCAACAGUUUGAAGCGAUGAUGAAAUAUCUCGGCUACCGCAACCAAGACAUGGACGAGGCUUUUGCCAUGAUGGACAGACAUAACAAUGGAAAAAUCUCCUUUUGGGAAUUCAUGAUGUGGUUGAACUGGGCACCAAUUGAGUAGUUUGUGGUUGACGCGUUAACAAGUGCGCAACCUAUCGAACUUUGCGUGUCUAACGAGGAACUCGCGCUUGCCUUGCGCGUAUUACCAAAUCGGACAAUUUCGACUGAAGCUAUCAAGUAGGGAAAAUCAUGGUAGAAGAACGGUGAUCUUUAUCUAAUAGCACGCCGCAACGCUCUUGUUAAUCAGGGAAGAUUUAUGCUAGUACAAAAUGUAAGACAAUUUGGGUGUUGAAUAAAUAAUUUUCUGACCAAAAAUUGGUCAACA